UUGAGUGCAUCACCGCGAUUCCACACUCUGCUCUCAAUUUCUCCAUCGCAGACCAGAUCCGGAAUCUCAAUCGCUGCCACUCCGGCGGCCAUUUGCCUCCAAGCUUGCAGCUUUCCGAACGGUCCUUCCGCAAUUCUGAUCCGUCUUCGUCUCUUUUUUCAGUCCGGUAAUUACGCUGCCUUGUUUUUGCUGAAUGAUCGUGCCAUCUUGAACCUGACAUAUCUGCUUCUAAAUCAUACUCUUGCAUUUCAAGCUUGGCGCCCCAUUCUGGCAUGGUGGGUCGUAUCUAAUUUUAUGGGUCUUCUUGGAUUUUUCCGUUGCUGAUGAACCGUGCUUGGAAAUCAACUAGACUUUAGGAGAGGAACGAACCUAGAUUUGAAGCUCAAGAACAAGUUUAUGAAUUUGUUGUCCCAUCUUCCCGAAUUGUUACGGGCAUUUUGUUAAAUCAUUUCAUGAAUCAGUAUUGAUUCUGAACUGAUUCAAAUGGGUUGGCAAUGUGACUAAAGUUGCAGAUGGGAGAAAUCGAGCAGAAGAGGAAAACAGUGUUUGUGACAGUAGGAACAACGUUAUUUGACGCUCUUGUCAAAGCUGUUGAUACUGAACAAGUUAAACACGAGUUGCUGCGAAGAGGCUACACCCACCUUCUCAUUCAAAUUGGUCGUGGAUCCUACAUUCCCCACAAGUGUGAAGGAGAAGGUGGAUCUCUUGGGGUUGAUUAUUUCACAUUCUCGUCAAGCAUUGCAGAACAUCUUAGAUCGGCAUCUCUUGUCAUCAGUCAUGCAGGGUCAGGGAGCAUAUUCGAGACUUUACGGCAUGGCAAACCUCUCAUUGUAGUGGUGAAUGAAGACCUGAUGGAUAAUCAUCAAUCUGAACUUGCAGAAGAACUAGCCGAGAGGAAGCAUUUAUACUGCGCACGUCCUCAACUGUUGCACGAGACGAUCACGGAUAUGAAUUUGGAGUCUCUCCUUCCGUAUCCUGCUGGGGAUGCCAAGCCUGUGAUUAGUUUAAUUAACAGAUUUCUAGGUUUCCCAGAUGAUUGAUGAGCCUGUGUAAUUUUGUGCUACAAACAGAAUUCUAUACCUUUAUCCAAGUGCUUAACAACAACAUUCAGUUGGAUUUGACUCUGUACAUUUUCCUCGUACCUAGAGUGGAAUUGGGACUGCAAGAGAUAUGGAUUUAGAGUUGGUCAUUCGUUGGGUUGGUUAGCUACUUAGCUAUGGUUAGUCGGGUAAGCGUGGUUAACCGCCUCCGGUUACUCAGCUAAUCGAAGUAUCCCUCUCCCCUUUGAAAACUGACCGUCCCUGGUUUUUCUUCGAUUUUUCGGUUAAGCGUGGUUAACCGCCAACCGCAAAAUACCCAUAUUAACCAACCGCGAUCGCGUCCGACACGGUUAGCGGUUAACCAAUAAACACACAACGUGGUU